CGGGGCGGGGCGGCGGGGAGCGGCCGACGGUGGCGUCGGCGGCGUCGUGCUGCGGGGCCUCAUUGGGCGCGUGCGGCCGCCCGGCACCAUGGCCUCGGAGCUGGAGGGCCCCAACCCCGGCGCGCGGAUCAUGACCUUCCGGCCCAGCAUGGAGCAGUUCCGCGACUUCAGCCGCUACAUCGCCUACGUGGAGGCGCAGGGAGCGCACCGCGCCGGGCUGGCCAAGAUCGUGCCCCCCAAGGAGUGGAGGCCGCGGCGGUGCUACGACGACAUCGACGAGCUGGUGAUCCCGGCGCCCAUCCAGCAGGUGGUGACGGGGCAGUCCGGCCUCUUCACGCAGUACAACAUCCAGAAGAAGGCCAUGACGGUGCGCGAGUUCCGCAGGAUCGCCAACAGCGACAAGUACUGCACACCCCGCUACACGGACUUCGAAGACCUUGAACGGAAGUACUGGAAGAACCUUACGUUCAAUGCCCCCAUCUACGGUGCUGAUGUUAAUGGCACGCUUUAUGAGAAGCACGUAGAUGCGUGGAAUAUUGGCAGAUUGAACACAAUCCUGGAUAUUGUGGAGAAUGAAAGUGGCAUAACCAUCGAAGGAGUGAAUACUCCUUACCUCUAUUUUGGCAUGUGGAAAACUUCAUUUGCGUGGCAUACUGAAGACAUGGAUCUCUACAGUAUUAAUUACUUGCAUUUUGGGGAACCCAAGUCAUGGUACUCUAUCCCUCCAGAGCAUGGGAAGCGGCUGGAGAGACUUGCCAAAGGAUUCUUUCCGGGAAGUGCCCAGAGCUGUGAAGCGUUUCUCCGUCACAAGAUGACCCUGAUCUCUCCAUCAAUACUGAAGAAAUAUGGCAUCCCUUUUGAUAAGGUGACGCAGGAAGCUGGAGAGUUCAUGAUAACCUUUCCUUAUAGUUAUCAUGCUGGCUUUAAUCAUGGAUUUAACUGUGCUGAAUCUACCAACUUUGCUACUCUUCGGUGGAUUGAGUAUGGGAAGCAGUCUGUACUGUGCUCGUGCCGGAAGGACAUGGUGAAGAUCUCCAUGGAUGUGUUCGUGAGGAAGUACCAGCCGGACCGUUACAAGCUCUGGAAGGCCGGGAAGGACGUGACCGUCAUUGACCAUACUCUUCCAACACCAGAAGCAGCGGAGUUCCUUAAAGGGGAUCUUAUGCAAAAAGUCAAGAGUGGGAAGCAGUAUGCUGAGGAAAUGGAAACAGGAGAAACGUGUAAAGAGGAGGUGGAUGGGGAUGAGGCAAAAAGUGUGCCCAAGCAUCGCAUAGGAACCAAAAGGCACCGAGUCUGCCUGGAAGUACCUCAGGAAGUGAGUGAGAGCGAGGCCUUCCCCAAGGAGGAGCUGAGCUCUGCGCAGGAUGAAGCAGACACGGCACAGCCUUGUGAGAUACCCACAAGUGAACAUGGGCAGCAGGGUGAACAAGGGUGCAAGCUUUCAGAUUGUGGAGGCUUGGCCAAAUUUGAAGAACUGAAAGCUGUGAAGCUUGAGGAGGAAGAAGAGGAAGAGCAAGAAGCAGCUGCGUUGGACCUCUCCAUUUCGCAUGCUUCAAAUUCCACUUCAGUUUUGCCGACUUCGAAGCAGAGUGCAACUUGCAGCGUUCAGCCCGGCUCGCCAGCGUAUUCUGGUUCUUCAGACUCUGAAUCGACUGAUCUGUUGCCAAAAAGAACUGUACCUGGGCCAGCUGGGGUGCUUACAGUCCAUAGCUACGCUAAAGGGGAUGCAAGUGGAUCUGACAGUGAACAGACUUCAGGAAAGAAAACCAGUGCUACUGCCAGCAUGAAUGAACAAGAACUGGCAGAGGCAGCAAAGGAGUACAUAAGAUCAAUGAAGGAGAGUAAGAAGUCCAAGGGUCGUCGCCAGCCACUGAGCAAGCUCCCCCGCCAUCACCCGCUCUUGGUUAAAGACUGCAUUAGUGAUGACGAGGCAUCGGAGCAACUGACUCCUGAAGAAGAAGCUGAAGAGACGGAAGCUUGGGCCAAGCCACUUAGCCAGCUGUGGCAGAAUCGGCCACCAAAUUUUGAGGCUGAAAAGGAAUACAACCGGACCAUGGCCCAGCAGUCUCCUUACUGUGCUGUUUGUAUGCUCUUCCAGACGUAUCAGGCAGAGUGUGGAGGCAACAGUCAAAGCUCUGGAGUAACUCCAGGUGCUGCGGAUGGGAAGAUCCGAACCAAACCCCUGAUUCCUGAAAUGUGCUUCACUACAACUGGCUGCAGCACUGAUCUCAAUCUUUCAACCCCCUACUUAGAGGAAGAUGGAACCAGUGUACUCAUCACCUGCAGGAACUGCCAAGUCUGCGUUCAUGCAAGUUGUUAUGGUGUGCCCCCUGACAAGGCCACUGAAGACUGGAUGUGCUCCAGGUGCACAGAAAACGCCUUAGAAGAGGACUGCUGUUUGUGUUCAUUACGAGGAGGAGCUCUGCAGAGAGCCAAUGAUGACAAGUGGGUUCACGUAAUGUGUGCUGUAGCUGUACUGGAGGCAAAAUUUGUGAACAUCGCAGAGCGCAGUCCUGUAGAUGUUGGCAAAAUCCCCCUGCAACGUUUCAGGCUGAAAUGCAUCUUCUGCAAAAAACGAAGAAAGAGAAUUGCAGGUUGCUGUGUACAGUGCUCCCACGGUCGGUGUCCCACGUCCUUUCAUGUCAGCUGUGCCCAAGCAGCAGGAGUCAUGAUGCAGCCUGAUGACUGGCCGUUUGUUGUCUUCAUUACCUGCUUCAGGCAUAAGAUCCCAUCUCAGGCAGAGCGAGCUAAGGCUGCGCUCCAAGAUCUGUCACCUGGACAGAUAGUCAUCAGCAAGCACAAGAAUGGUCGCUUCUAUCAGUGCGAAGUGGUCAGCCUUGCGAAGGAGACUUUCUAUGAGGUCAACUUUGAUGAUGGCUCCUUCAGCGACAACCUGUAUCCAGAAGACAUUGUGAGUCGAGACUGCCUUCAGUUAGGUCCUCCUGCUGAAGGUGAAGUUGUGCAGGUCAGAUGGACAGAUGGACAGGUUUAUGGAGCCAAGUUUGUCGCAUCACAUGCCAUCCAGAUGUACCAGGUGGAAUUUGAAGAUGGAUCACAGCUGAUGGUGAAAAGGGAUGAUGUGUACACUCUGGAUGAGGAGCUUCCUAAGAGAGUCAAGUCAAGGCUGUCCAUAGCUUCCGAUAUGCGCUUCACAGAGAUCUUUGCAGAGAAGGAGGUCAGACAAGAGAGGAAGAGACAAAGAGUGAUCAAUUCACGCUACCGGGAAGAUUACAUUGAACCCGCAUUGUACCGGGCCAUCAUGGAGUAAGCGCUGCCUGUGGCAGAGGAAGAAGAUGCCCACUUUCCCCAAGGAUUUAAACGCUCCAGUACAACAGGCCAUAUUUGGAUGCUUCAAAUCCAGGGUUUUUUGUUUUGUUUUGUUUUUUUCUAAGGAAGCUAAAAAGCUGAUGCUCUGCAGUCGCUGAAAGGCAGCUGUUCAGUAGUGAAA